GGUUCCGCCCGACCUGGUCACGUGGCCAUCAAGAUGGCGGCAUCCAGCGGACGACGCGCGAGGCGCGUCAGCUGACUUGCUCUCGACGCCGUGGCUGCGACCCACUUUGACCUGUCCGGAGUGUGCGGAGCUCAUAGACGAGUCUCGGUAGCCGAAAGCACGGUUUGCCGCCGGGCCGGGGCUCGCCGGUGCUGGGGUGAGCUGCGGCUUCGUGCAGGCCGGGCCCGCGUUUGACCACUCAGCUCUAGUAUUUAGAGACAGGAUCUCCUGGGACCGGUAAUCCUACUGCCUCAGCAUCUUCUUCCCGGGCCUGCCCAGCCUGGAGCCUUUUGAAUUAGCGGGAGGCCGCAUCCCUAGAGCAGCACUCUUGGACCCACGAAGUCCUUGGUCUCCUUUCUUGUUGCUCUGGGUAAGUCGGGAGGUGAGUCUUACUGCCACGCAGUGGCUGCCAGCUCCCGUGGACCUGCUUAUGUGUGCUGGUUAAGUCCAUUUCCAAGAUGUGACUGUCUUACGAUGGACAUCAGUGGUGAGGCAGCCACACCUGCCUCUUUAAACCCAGGGACCUCUGGAUGGGCUCAGAGCCCAGAAUGCCUUCAGCCUGCCACAGCCUGUUAGUCCAGUUUGUUCUGUAUGCAUCUGCCGCAGUCUUUGCUGGUGUCUACAUGGCUGACAGGGGCCGCCCCUCUUCUAUCCGACGACAUCUGGUUCCAUGUUAAUUCAUCCGUGAAGGAAAACACCUGUGUGGGUGUGUUGUCCUGCAUCUAUGAGUUCUAUGCAGAGGGUAAACGCUCUGCAAAGGCAGGAGGAGGGGGGAUGAAGUGUAUCCCACAGGGGAGCCUCCAGAAAUACGGUGUCGUGGGAGAUUACUCUAGGCAGGGAUGAGAUCCAUUUUGCAACUGACAAGAGUUUCUAGAUCUGUCAUCUAAGCUGUCCUGAAGGUGCCUGUUCUCAGUUCCAGGGUUGAGUCCCAGGACGUGAGGUCACUGGGACUGGGGAGAUCCUCCAGGACCAGCCUCCCAACUGGGAGCAUGAUUCAAGGCUAGCUCUGCAUGCCCGGGGCCUGGCUUCUGUUCGUGCCUCUCUGGACAUUGUGUGGAGCUCGUGACAGAUACACAGGGGAGAAGCCCAGAGUCAGAAAGUAACUUACUUGAACUGCAUAGCAGAAACCAUGGGCUGCACUGGACUGUGAAGCCGUUGCCAAUGACCAAGAUGGCCAGGAAGAGUGCUCUGGCUCCCCCCACCCCUCAACCCCGCUUGGUGGAGGGUGCUGGAUGUGGAGAAAGUUCUGUGGCCUGAAACUCCGGGAUCCUUCUGCCUCAGCAUCCCAGGGCUUGAAUGGCAGGUGUGCAGGUGUGUGCCAUAGCAUGGGGCUUCUCCUUUUUCUACAGCAGGUUUCUGCUGCCACGAACCCGGCCCUGCAGAUCGCGUGCUGGGGAGGCUGCUGCCAUGGUCACGGAGCAGGAGGUAGCCGCCAUUGGCAAGACCUUAGUGGACCCCAAGCAGCCCCUGCAGGUCCGCUUCCGUGCCCUGUUUACACUGCGGGGACUUGGUGGUCCUGAUGCUAUCGCCUGGAUCAGCCGGGGCUUUGAGGACAGCUCUGCCCUUCUGAAGCAUGAGCUAGCCUACUGCCUGGGCCAGAUGAGGGACCCACGGGCCGUCCCUGUGCUGGUGGCUGUGCUGCAGGACAGGAACCAGGAGCCCAUGGUCCGUCACGAGGCAGGGGAGGCCCUGGGGGCAAUCGGUAACCCGGAAGUUCUAGGCCUCCUGAAGCAGUAUUCCACCGACCCAGUAGUUGAGGUGGCUGAGACAUGCCAGCUCGCCAUUGGCCGUCUUGAGUGGCUGCAACAGCAUCCGGGGGAGGCCGCAUGGACCGGACCCUACCUCUCAGUGGACCCAGCGCCUCCUGCAGCAGAGCAGGAUGUGGGGCGGCUGCGGGAGGCCCUGUUGGACGAGGGGCGGCCCCUCUUUGAGCGGUAUCGUGCCAUGUUUGCCCUGCGCAAUGUGGGUGGUGAGGAGGCCGCCCUGGCCCUGGCUGACGGCCUGCGCUGUGGCAGUGUGCUCUUCCGUCAUGAGGUGGGCUACGUGCUGGGUCAGCUGCAGCACGAGGCGGCCGUGUCAGAGCUGGCAGCCACGUUGGCACGGACCACCGAGAGCCCCAUGGUACGACAUGAGUGCGCAGAGGCCCUGGGCGCCAUCGCCAAGCCUGCCUGCCUGGCUGCACUGCGGGAGCACAUCACGGACCCCGAGCAGGUGGUGCGGGAGAGCUGUGAGGUGGCACUGGACAUGUAUGAGCACGCGAACGGCCAGGACUUCCAGUAUGCAGACGGGCUGGAGCGCCUGCGGUCACCACCCUAACCUGGCACCGCCGGAACUCUGUCACCUGGUCCCAGCCCUGGCCACAUGUGCUGUGUGUGGCACUCUGCCUGCUGUGCCUCUCACCCAGAUUUAGGGAGCUGAGCAGCUGAGGGUCCUUGUUUCCCACUCUUCCCUCCGUCCCUGCCUUGCUGGGUUCUGGUGGGCGGUGCCACCCUGGUGCUGUCUGCUCAGUGACUGUCUUGUGCCCUCCACACCAGCACAGAUGGCAGCGCGGAAGCUGGCAGGCAUUGGGAAUGACCCAGCUCAGGAAGCUGUUGAGAAAAUUGUGGGACCUGGAUCGGGUGUGGGGUGCCAGCCAGCCCCAGGGUGUUGCGUGAAUAAAAUAAGUGAUUUUUCACGA